AUGAUUCAGGGGCUAAUUCUACUCGCCCACCCCGAGUACGCCGGCGUCAUGCAGAAUUGGCAUGGGACCCUCCUAUUAUGGGCAACGAUCCUCUUAAGCUAUAGUAUCAACACGGCUAUCGGGUCUCUCCUUGCCAGAUUUGAAGGCUUCGUUCUCAUCCUGCAUAUUCUCGGCUUCUUCGCUGUGAUACUGCCCCUGGUAAUCCUCGGUGAACACGGAACUGCUACGGACGUGUUCGGCACUUUCCUCAACCUGGGCGACUGGCAAACGCAGGGGCUAUCAUUAUGUAUUGGCAUGAUGGGAAACGUCUUUUCGUUUCUAGGGGCGGAUGGGGCAAUCCACAUGUCAGAAGAAAUCCGCAAUGCCGCUAUUACGGUCCCUCGUUCCUUGCUAGCUAGUCUCGCCAUCAACGGGACGUUGGGCCUUGCAAUGUUAAUUGCGACCUUGUACUCUCUCGGCGACAUCGACACAGCAUUAGCUGAGAAUCCCCAGUACCCUUACAUGGCUAUCUUUGAGCACGCCGUGGGCUCCAAGGCGGGGGCGGCAGUGAUGGCUUCCAUUAUAGUAGUUAUGACGAUAAGCGCCACCACGGGAUCCCUCGCCUCGACAUCUCGGAUCUGUUGGGCAUUCGCUCGCGACCAUGGGCUUCCCGGCUGGAGGGUGCUGAAGAAAGUCAGCCCGCGGACUAGCAUUCCCCUCUACGCCGUCCUUACGGCUUCUUGUAUCGCCGUCCUCCUGUCCCUCGUUAACAUUGGGGAUGCCGUAGCCUUCAACGGCGUGAUAUCCAUCUCCGUUGCUGGCCUGUUCGGGUCCUACUUCAUUGCGGCUGCAUUACUCCUUUAUCGCAGACUCACCGGAGGGAUCCGCUCCCCGAAGGACGACAACACCAUAUUAACCAGCACAAUUGUCACCGGCUUAACAUGGGGGCCCUGGCGUCUCCGCGGAGCCUUCGGGGUUGCGAACAACCCUUUUACGUGAAUCUACCUGUUCUUCGUCUUCUCCUUCAGCUUCUGACCGUCCUACCGAGAGGUCACACCUCAAACCUUCAACUAGGC